AUGCCGUAUCUGCGUGAAGACAGCGAGCUGAACGUAGGAAUAGGAGUGGUUCUACAACUGGAAGUCAUUCUCCAGAAUGACCAACUGCUGAAUGUCAGGAAGGGGUUCCUCCAAACCGGAGUGGCCAUGGGUACCGAAUAUGAAAAAGAUCACAUCAAAAAGCUGCAGGAGCAGCGUAUGUCCAUGCAAAAGAAAACCUUCACCAACUGGAUGAACAACAUCUUCUUCAGAAAUAAUGUAAAGGUUGAGAUAGAAGAUAUUUACACAGACUUGAAGGAUGGCAUCUCUCUCAUGCAACUCUUGGAGCUACUCUCUGGAGAAGCUUUGCCCAGACCGAACCGGGGAAAGAUGAGAGUGCAUUUUCUAGAGAACAACAGCAAAGCCAUCACAUUUCUGAAAGCCAAGCAGGUACAAGUGAAAGUGAUUGGUCCUGAGAACAUCGUGGAUGGUGACAGAACCUUAAUCCUGGGACUUAUCUGGAUCAUUAUACUUCGAUUUCAGAUUUCGUUUAUCAAACUUGACAAGGUAAAACAGUCUGAUGGUCUAUUGGCAAAUGAAGCCUUACUACUCUGGUGUCAGCAUAAAACUGCCAGCUAUUCCAAUGUGAAUGUGAAGGACUUCUCCAAAAGCUGGAGUGAUGGGCUGGCCUUCAACGCACUCAUACAUGCUCACAGGCCUGAUCUUAUCCACUAUAGCUCAUUGCGGCAGGACCAGCCCAUCAAAAACCUGAACAACGCCUUCGAUGUUGCUGAGAAAGAGCUAGGAAUCAGCAAAUUGCUUGAUGCUGAGGAUGUGGCAGUACCCUAUCCAGAUGAGAGAUCCAUCAUGACUUAUGUGUCAUUCUAUUACCACUACUUCUCCAGACUGAAACAAGGCCAGACAAUACAAAAGCGACUUACAAAAAUCGUGUUUUUCCUGAAGGAGAUAGAUGAUUUGAAGCUUCUCUAUGAGCAGAUGGUCUCUGACCUCCUGAAAUGGAUUAAACAGAAGGUGAUGGAACUGGAUGACUGUCGUUUCCCCAACUCUCUUCAGGAAAUGUGGCUGCUCAUGGCCAACUUUAAGACCUUCCGCACUGUGGAGAAACCCCCCAAGUAUCAAGAGAAGGGCAUGAUUGAAGCUCAUCUCUUCAACAUCAGGACCAAGCAGAGAGCCAACAACCAACAGCCAUACUUGCCCCCAGAGGGGAGGACACUGCAAGAUGUGGAAAAGCACUGGAUUAUCCUGGAAAAGGCAGAGCACAACCGGGGAAGAGCACUGCAGGAGGAGAUGCUGAGGCUAGAAAGGCUGGAACAGCUAGCCCAGAGGUUCCUGAAGAAGGCAGCCCUGCGUGAGUCCUACUUGGAAGACAUGAGGAAAGUGAUUGGGAAGCAGGACUUCUGGCCGGAGAGCGCAGACAGGAUGGAGGCUGCCAGUAAGAAGCUGGAAGCCAUUGUGGCAGAUGUACUCCCCCGAAGGGAACGCUUCACAGCUUUGGAUGUAAUGGCCACAGUCAUCAGCCAGGAGAACUAUCAUGGCAAAGAUCAAAUCAUGAAGAAGCAAAACAGCAUUUCAAAGCAAUGGCAGGACCUUCUGGAUCAGCUGCAGAGACGACAACUCUCCCUGGGUACAAUGCAGGAAAUUCUGGGCCUCCUGAGGGACAUUGAUGCCAUUACAGAGGAGCUGAAAGAGCUGCAGGUGCUAGUGAAUUCCCAGGACUGUGGGAAACAGCUCCUGGAAGUAGUAGAUUUGCUGCAGAAGCACAACUUGAUUGACUCGCAGAUCUCUUCCUAUGAUGAUAGAUUGGAACAAAUCACCCAGAGGACAGCUGAAAUCAGCAAGGACAGCACAGUUAAACCAGAAGUGCUUUAUGCGAAAGUUCAGAUGCUUCGUCAGCUCUAUCAGAACCUUAUAACUCUGAGCAAGUCACGAAAAUCGCAGCUAGAAGAGGCUUUGAAGCUUUUUGAAUUCUUCCGUGACUAUGUGAUGAGGAGGGGCUGGGAGCUAAGCCAGAAGAACCCUGCGCGCCAGGAGGACAUUCUGAGGCAGACAGACAACCUCCAGAAGUUGUGGCAGCAGCUCCAAGAUGAGGUGGCUGAUCGCAAAAGCCGUCUGCAGGCAGCAGCUCUCAUCAAACAGGUCAGCGUGGCUCCGCUGUGGCUUGUGUACUUUGCUGACAUCAAUGAAGCAAAUUCAUGGUUGCAAGAAAAGCAGCCCCUUCUGGCCAGCAAGGACUAUGGAAAAGAUGAAUCGAGUGCCGAAGCGCUGUUGCAUCGUCACUUGCACCUGGAGAAGGAGAUUGCAGCCUACUCUUCUGAGAUGAGACGCCUGAAAGAGCAGGCUGAAAUUGCUGCAGAGCAAGCUCCAGCUGCAAUGGUGAAGAUGGAAGCCCCAAGUGACUUAAAUCAAAAGACAGCUAAGCUACCAUUCAGUCGAACCUGGGCGACAUCUGAAACUGCAUUUCCUGGAACCUCCGGUCCAGAUGUUCAUUUUCUUCCAGAGAACAUAUGGAAGACCCAAGAUGAAAUAGAUUCACUUUAUGAAAAUCUACAGAGCAUGGCUGAGGACAGAAAAAAGGCUCUAGAGGAGAUGAUUGGAUAUUACCACUUCUGUAGCUCUUGCGAAGAAUUUCAGUCAUGGAUGAAAGAUAAAGAGAACAUUUUCCGGACUAUUCAGCCUCAAGCAGACAAUGUGGAGGUCAUGCAGCAGAAAUAUCAGAGCUUUUUAAUGGAACUGGCUGCAGGCAAAAGCCAGCUGGGAGAUAUUGAAAACUUAGCUGUUAAAUAUGGAAAGAUCAGUCCCAGCAAAUAUUCUGAGAUCCAGAUUUGGCUGGAAGAGAUCAACUUCAG